AUGGAUGAUAUUACAACUUUCGAAAUGUUACCCGAUGAAAUGAUAUUACUCGUAUCCCAAUAUCUUCGGUGUGGUGAAGUUCUCUAUUCAUUUUUCAAUCUCAAUUCUCGUCUGAAUUCAACAAUAGCAGAUAUUUGUCAUCAUGUGAAUAUCUCGGAUGUUACAUAUAAACAAUUUGAUUUUAUUGUAUCACAAAUUGUUCCGCAGAUUGGUUUUUCAAUACGAUCAUUGGUAUUAAAUGGAAAAUUGGAAAGUACUACAUCGAACAAAGUUGACUCUCUAUUUUAUAAUGCAAAGCUAUCUCUAAUAUUUCCACAGCUGUAUAGAUUAUCACUCGUUAAUUUUGAUGAUACACAGUUAGAUUUAUUUCUUGACAAAAUUACAGAUCUUCCUGAUCUUGUCAAACUUGAUUUCAUCAAUCUUCGAGAAAAUCAUGGAGAGGGAUCACUGGGAAAGAUUCUAGCUGCUAAUAAGGAUCGAUUGAAAUCCGUAUCAUUCGAUUCUGAUUCAAUUGGUUUUACUUUUAAUCGAGCUAUAUAUGACGAAAUGUUUUGUUAUCCGAAUAUCAAAGAAUUGACAGUAAACUUAAAAAUAGGCAAACUAGUUCGAGUUAUAUUUCAACUUGUACCACAUAUUAAUCGUUUUCAUAUUAAUUGUGACCCGCUUUCAUAUCUUGGAAUAUCGACAUCACCAAAUAUUUCACCUCUUGUUCAUCUGAAAGAUUUUCAAAUGAAUACUAUACAUAUAUCUUGGUCUUUUAAUGAAAAUAGCUGA